AUAGAGGCAAUCGACUAAGAAUGAGGUACAUAAGGCACAGACCUUAAGUCUGAUCUUUCCGCCGCUGCAGGGCCAGCCAGCCACGCUUCCCGCCCCAAAUAUACUGUGCUUCCACGAAGUAUGGAGUAAAUGUUCCGUCAUUCCAAGCUUCAACCUAGCAGACUCAGCUGUGACAACAGGUCACGAGACCCCGUUCGCGACCUCCGGACAGGCAGACCAAGUCGCGUUUCCGUCAUAAAUUUCAUGCCUAAUCAUAACAUACACAAGAUCGUCAUCGCUUGCUAAUGUCAAAAAUAUCUGACCAGUUCCUCCACUGAAAUCUCUGUGCAACACGACAACAGCAUUCACAAAUGGACGCCCAACUUCCAGCAACCACAUGAAGAAAUAACCCGCUAUUAGUACGCCAUUCGUUUGCGGGCUAGCCUCUAUAGGCCUAGGCGACACGGCAUAUCUCAGCCAUCCCCAAUGCGCGUGGGCCCCAAGCCUCCAAGUUUCAACUCAAAAGGUGCAGCGCGUAAGCAGGGAUUCCAGCCAUUGGGUUCAACAAUCCCACCUUAAGUUAUUACUCGUAAAAAAAAUAAAAAAAAACCGCACCAGAAUUCCCAUCGAUCCAAGGCCGUUGGUGUUCCUUUCCCCACAAACCGCCCCAACGUCUCAAUCGAGACUCCCCCUCACAGCAGUUAUGGACUCGGUCUCGCCUAGGACGCUGGAGGCCUUGGGGUACAUGCCGUCGCUGGUGAGGUCGGCGUCCAGCGUUGUCAUGGUCAGCAUUACCACGUUGAUAUCGCUCGUCUCGACCACGGUCGCCGCCGCCGUGGCCCUUUUACGCUUCUCUUUGAUACCCGUCAGCUGGCUCUGGAGGGUUGUGUUUGUUUUACUGUCGCCCGUGCUGUACACCACUGCCUAUGUCCUGUCGCCAGCCUGGUACAUCAUCUCCUUUUUGCCGAAGCUGCAGCCUCUUUAUAUUUAUUUUGGCUCUGCCGCCUUUGUUGGUAUCCUCGCCGGCCUCUCAAUCAAGCUGUCAUCGCACGUAUUCGUCUCGGUUCUAGAACUGGACAAGGAGAGCCCUCCCUCACUCAAACAGAUCGAGGCCCAGCGACAGAAGAAGCAGAAGCAGAAGCUGGCCCUGUCGGCAGCAACUACUCCGACAGCCCAGCAAACGCCCACCAUCAAGCGGGCCAGCGAUUACUACAGCGGCAGUCUCUCGUCAGAUAUAGACUGGCAGAUCAUCGACCGUAUCACAAAUCGGGGCCUGCACAGCGAACACUCACGAAGGAUGCCAUUACUGCAGUCGAUUAUUUUAGAAGAAGAAGAGGAUGACACCUCGGGGGGUGACUAAUGUACUUAGUGGGUUACAAACACAAAAAAAAAAAAAAAAAAAAAACGGAGAUUCUUUAGGAACGGAAACCCGCCUCACAUUUUGGACUGGCUAUACGAUAAUUAUAUUAUACAGCGUACAGCGUACACUCGCCCUGGGUCUUGUUAAAAUAAUGUCUGCAGUAGUUGCUAACCCUUUUUCAACCAAGCGGCAAGAUAAUCAAGAGUCUGUAGGCGGAUACUCAUGGGCUGUGGAUGAAAAUCAAGUCGCUCUGUCGAUACUGUGUCUGAUGGUACCGCCCUCUUGCCCUCGUAUUGCCAAGCAAUAAAGAAUGAGCAAAAUCCAAACAGAGGCUCAGCCGUAUCAAUUUGUCUGCCGGCUGAUUUCAUGAAAACUGAUAUUGUGAACAUGCCAACCACUCGGUCCAUCAUUCAAAUGGUGUGUUUCUUUGUGAUCGCUUGUGGAC